GCGGCCCGGAUGGCGGCCCGGGACGCGUAGCAGUGGCGGCUCUGCGGCCCGGGGCCCCGGGCGGGCGGAGGUGGCGGCUCCCGGGACCGGCCGCGCGCAAUGAUGUUGUCCACUGGACAUGUACUGGCCAAGGAGGCAGGUUUGAGAACAUAGCUGAAGCUGAAAAUAGGAAAGCUGGGGGCAAGGAAGAGCCUUGAAUCUUGAGGUGGGACGUUGACUCUAAGAUGUCCUUGAGCAGUGGAGCCUCCGGUGGGAAAGGAGUGGAUGCAAACCCGGUUGAGACGUACGACAGUGGGGAUGAAUGGGACAUUGGAGUAGGGAAUCUCAUCAUUGACCUGGACGCCGAUCUGGAAAAGGACCAGCAGAAACUGGAAAUGUCAGGCUCAAAGGAGGUGGGGAUACCAGCUCCCAACGCUGUGGCCACACUACCAGACAACAUCAAGUUUGUGACCCCAGUGCCAGGUCCUCAAGGGAAGGAAGGCAAAUCAAAAUCCAAAAGGAAUAAGAGUGGCAAAGACACUAGUAAGCCCACUCCAGGGACUUCCUUGUUCUCUCCAAGUGAGGGAGCAACAAACAAGAAAGAAGUGCAGGGUCGCUCGGGAGAUGGUACCAGUACAGGAGGCCUGGUUGCUGCUAUUGGCCCCAAGGGCUCAGAGAAGGCUGCUAAGGCAUCACGCAGUGUAGCUGGCUCCAAAAAGGAAAAAGAGAACAGCUCAUCUAAGAGCAAGAAGGAGAGAAGCGAAGGAGUGGGGACUUGUUCGGAAAAGGAUCCUGGGGUCCUCCAGCCAGUUCCCUUGGGAGGACGGGGUGGUGGUCAGUAUGACGGAAGUGCAGGGAUGGAUACAGGAACCGUGGAGCCACUUGGGAGUAUAGCUAUUGAACCUGGGGCAGCACUCAAUCCUUUGGGAACUAAGCCGGAGCCAGAGGAAGGGGAGAAUGAGUGUCGGCCUCUAAAGAAAGUCAAGUCUGAAAAGAUGGAGUCCCCCGUCUCCACCCCAGCGGUGUUGCCACUGCAUCUUUUAGUGCCAGUGGUCAAUAAUGACAUCUCAUCUCCCUGUGAGCAGAUUAUGGUCCGUACCCGAUCAGUGGGAGUCAACACUUGUGAUGUGGCUCUAGCCACAGAGCCUGAAUGCUUAGGCCCCUGUGAACCUGGAACCAGUGUCAACCUUGAAGGCAUCGUGUGGCAGGAAACAGAAGAUGGGAUGUUGGUGGUAAAUGUGACAUGGAGGAACAAGACAUACGUCGGUACACUUCUUGACUGCACAAGGCAUGAUUGGGCACCCCCAAGGUUCUGUGACUCUCCCACCAGUGACUUGGAAAUGCGUAAUGGUCGAGGAAGAGGCAAACGCAUGCGUCCCAACAGUAACACGCCUGUCAAUGAGACAGCCACAGCCUCUGACAGCAAAGGAACCAGCAACAACAGCAAAACGCGAGCAGGAGCCAACAGCAAAGGCCGUCGAGGCAGCCAGACCUCUUCAGAGCAUCGCCCACCUGCCAGUAGCACCUCUGAGGAUGUCAAGGCCAGCCCUUCCUCAGCUAAUAAGCGGAAAAACAAACCUCUUUCAGAUAUGGAGCUAAAUUCUAGCUCAGAGGACUCCAAAGGGAGCAAGCGUGUUCGCACAAAUUCCAUGGGCUCAGCCACCGGGCCCCUACCCGGGACCAAGGUGGAGCCCAAUGUCAUGGACAGAAAUUGUCCCUCUCCGGUCCUGAUUGACUGUCCCCACCCAAACUGCAACAAAAAGUACAAGCACAUUAAUGGACUUAAGUACCACCAAGCUCAUGCCCACACGGAUGAUGACAGCAAACCAGAAGCUGAUGGAGACAGUGAGUACGGAGAAGAGCCCACCCUCCAUGCAGACCUCAGCAGCUGCAAUGGGGCAACUGUUUCACAGAAAGGAUCCUUGUCCCCUGCCCGCUCAGCUACCCCCAAAGUUCGACUUGUUGAGCCUCAUAGCCCUUCACCUUCAAGCAAAUUCAGCACAAAAGGCCUCUGUAAGAAAAAAAUGAGUGGGGAGGGAGACACAGACCUUGGGGCCUUAUCCAAUGAUGGCUCUGACGAUGGACCCUCAGUAAUGGAUGAAACAAGCAACGAUGCCUUUGACUCUUUGGAAAGGAAGUGUAUGGAAAAAGAAAAAUGUAAAAAGACCUCCAGUUUGAAACCUGAAAAGAUUCCAUCCAAGAGCUUAAAAUCAGCCCGGCCCAUUGCCCCUGCUAUACCCCCACAACAGAUCUACACUUUCCAGACAGCCACCUUCACCGCAGCAAGCCCAGGCUCCUCCUCGGGUUUGACCACCACAGUGGUCCAAGCAAUGCCCAACAGUCCCCAACUCAAGCCCAUUCAGCCCAAGCCCACUGUUAUGGGAGAACCUUUCACAGUCAACCCUGCCUUGACCCCUGCCAAGGACAAGAAAAAGAAAGACAAAAAAAAGAAGGAAUCAUCAAAGGAACUUGAAAGUCCUCUGACCCCUGGGAAGGUGUGCCGAGCAGAAGAAGGUAAAAGCCCAUUCAGAGAAUCAUCAGGAGAUGGAAUAAAAAUGGAGGGGCUUCUGAAUGGUUCCUCAGACUCCCAUCAAAGCCGGUUAGCAAGCAUCAAGGCUGAAGCUGAUAAGAUUUACAGUUUUACAGACAAUGCUCCCAGCCCUUCAAUUGGAGGCAGCAGCCGCCUAGAUAAUACUACCCCAACCCAACCCCUAACUCCCCUACACGUAGUCACCCAGAAUGGUGCUGAAGCCAGUUCAGUCAAAACUAAUAGUCCUGCCUACUCUGAUAUCUCUGAUGCUGGGGAGGAUGGGGAGGGCAAGGUAGACAGUGUCAAGUCUAAGGACGCUGAACAGCUGGUUAAAGAAGGGGCUAAGAAAACACUUUUCCCCCCUCAGCCACAGAGCAAAGACUCACCAUAUUAUCAAGGCUUUGAAAGUUACUAUUCUCCAGGUUAUGCACAGUCCAGCCCAGGGGCUCUCAACUCAAGCAGCCAGUCAGGAAUAGAGGGCCAGGCUCUAAAGACAAAAAAGGAUGAGGAGCCCGAGAGCAUAGAAGGGAAAGUGAAGAAUGAUGUCUGUGAGGAAAAGAAACCUGAGCUGAGCAGUUCCAGUCAGCAGCCCUCGGUCAUCCAGCAAAGACCCAACAUGUACAUGCAGUCCCUGUACUAUAACCAAUAUGCCUACGUGCCUCCAUAUGGCUACAGCGACCAGAGCUACCACACCCACCUCCUGAGCACCAGCACAGCUUAUCGACAGCAGUAUGAAGAACAGCAGAAGCGCCAGAGCUUGGAGCAGCAGCAGCAGCAGCGGGGACUGGACAAGAAGACAGAGAUGGGCCUGAAAGAGCGGGACACAUCACUCAAGGAAGAGUGGAAGCAAAAGCCAUCGAUUCCACCAACUCUCGCCAAGGCUCCCAGCCUGACAGACCUGGUGAAGUCAGGGCCAGGCAAGGCCAAGGAGCCAGGGGCUGAUCCUGCCAAGUCUGUCAUCAUUCCCAAAUUAGAUGACUCAUCAAAACUCCCCAGCCAGGCCCCUGAAGGCCUUAAAGGGAAGCUGGGUGAGGCCAGCCACCUAGGCAAGGAGUCCUCUGAGGCUAAGACAGGCACUGAGUGUGGCCGACAGGCAGAGGUGGAUCCAAUACUCUGGUACCGACAGGAGACAGAGCCCCGAAUGUGGACAUAUGUUUAUCCUGCCAAAUACUCAGACAUCAAGUCAGAGGAUGAUCGGUGGAAAGAGGAGCGGGACCGAAAAUUAAAGGAGGAAAGGAGUCGGAGUAAGGACUCUGUUCCCAAAGAAGAUGGGAAAGAAAGCACAAAUACUGACUGCAAGCUACCCGCAUCUGAGGAGUCCCGCCUUGGGAGCAAGGAGCCCCGGCCAAGUGUCCAUGUGCCUGUAUCCUCUCCGCUCACCCAGCACCAGUCCUACAUCCCUUACAUGCAUGGUUACUCUUACAGCCAGUCGUAUGAUCCCAACCACCCCAGCUAUCGGGGCAUGCCUGCUGUGAUGAUGCAGAACUACCCAGGUUCCUAUUUGCCUUCCAGCUACUCUUUCUCCCCCUAUGGCAGCAAGGUCUCAGGUGGCGAGGAUGCUGACAAGGCACGUGCCAGCCCCAACGUGAGCUGUAAAGCCAGCUCAGAGUCCAAAGCCCUGGAUAUCUUGCAACAACAUGCCAGUCACUACAAAAGCAAGUCUCCCACGAUAAGUGAUAAAAAUUCUCAGGAGAGAGAUCGGGGAGGCUGUGGGGUAGUUGGGGGUGGUGGCAGCUGUAGCAGUGUUGGGGGAACAGGAGGUGGUGACAGGAGUGUCGACCGGCCCCGCACUUCCCCUUCCCAGCGCCUGAUGUCCACACACCACCACCACCAUCACUUGGGCUACUCCUUGCUCCCAGCACAGUACAACCUACCCUAUGCUGCAGGGCUUUCUUCUACAGCCAUUGUUGCCAGCCAGCAAGGCUCAACUCCCUCACUCUACCCACCCCCCAGGAGGUGAGAAUGAACACCAAGUGCCCAGAUGAAGUCAGCUUCGUGGGCCAAACUGGCUCAUUAGAGGUGGUGCUGGAGGUGCCAUUUUACCAUCAGUUACACGGUGUUGAUCAUCCUGUUUGCCAUUCCUACCGUGACUGAAGGCCUCACCUCCCCAACCCUUCCUCUUCCUCAGGAGCUGAAGAACUGGUACUUUGCAAAAAUAUUUAUUCUCUCAGCCACAGCUAUGACUGUUGUGGCAUCUGUGGAGAUGAAGGCAUAGGAGCAACCGAGGGAACACAGCCUCAUCCCAGAGAAGUUACUGCUCUGUUAACCUAGCCCCUAGUCUACUGCCAGAGCAGUACCUUAAAGCAUACCUGGGAGGGACCCCAAGCACGGGGUAAGGUCUGAAGACAGCACAGCAGCCAUACCCCUUCUCACUGUCAUUACCACCGUCAACAAGAUUCCACAUCUCUUCAGUGGUUUGGACCCUGGGAACUGGCAGCACGUGGAGAAAUUAGAAUCUCAGGAAGAAGUUGGGGGCUGUUUUCCCUGUAAUUGUGAAGACAAGGUCUUCAAGCAUGGAGACAUCCCUCUAAUGUGAGCACAGAUAAACGCUCAGAGCCUAACCUGUAAAGGGAGAGUAAGGCAUUGUCCCACCAGAGCCUUGUGCUCCUGUUAGGAAGAAGGUAGUGGUUCUAGCACCAGCACAGGGUUCCCUGGGGAUACUGGGAGGAGCUGGAGCUGUGAAAUUGAACCUGCUUCCUCACCAAAAUUCCUGCUGCUUUUCAUCUCUCAACUCCUUGCCCUUUCUCUUUCUUUUUAACCCCUUGGUGCCUUUCCCAGGGGGGGAAAUCCCCAUACUGACCUCACCUCUUCUACUGCUUGGCUUUUACAACUCAGGCAGAAUAGACUUCCUCCCAGCACGGGUAACCUUGGAGUCUGCCACAUCACUUUAGGGCACGAACUGUAGGCAGGCUGUAAGAACACUCAGCAGUUCUUGGAGACAUUCAGUCAUCUGUCUUUCUCAUUUAGGGUCACAAUUGUAUACAGCCCAGUUCCUCUGUCUACAAGUACAUGAUUGUGUAGUUCACUCUGUAACUCCAUGUGUGCCAAUAUGAGGCAUGUGUUUGUAACACGUUUUUGUUUUAGGGGCCACUGGCCAAGGGCAGUGAUUUGCUCCUUAGACCCUGAAAUAGCAUAUUGAAGCAUUAUACACCCAAGCCAGAGUGGAUUCGAUGGAUGAGGCUUUGUGGUGCAGACAUUUCUCUGUUCUCCUGAGCUGCAAAGUUGUGUGCUGGGAAAGUGAUAACAGCUUUAUUAGAGUCACUUCUUCCCAAGAUGUAGGAUGUAUUUUAGCUCUCUGCUAUUGCAGAGUAUCAUCCCCUUGUACCCUCCCCUUCUGUCUUUACCCUCUGGACUGCAAGAGAGAGAAAAAUCCACAAAUACCAGCCUUGGCUAACAGCUUGUGACAAGAAUGACAGUUUGAAAGCAGGAAGGUAGAUGGCUCUGACUUCUUUGGGAGAAUGAGGUGGUGGGAGACAGUAAGCACAAAGCCCAGGACUAGGUGGUUCCCAAGGACCCAUGAGCCCUCCCUGUACAUAGACAAGCUUAGGCUUGUUAGUACCUCUGACCUACAAACCUUUCCUGUUUACAGGUCUUUAUUUUUGUUUAAGUUGGGUUCUGGGCACUUGAAAAAUCCUUUUGUUUUAGACCUGUUGAGAGGACCCCAAGCAGCCCCUUCCCUUGCCAUCAUUGUUCCCUGUGCCACAUGCUGUGGCAUCCUACCUAACCCAUUACCCUUACUAAGAGGGUGACUGACUUUCAGCCUGAUUAUGCCUCCUCCAGAACUCCAGUAAGUAGAGCCAGGUGCCCAUCUGGUCCUGUUUGUUUUUUAAAUAUUGUUGUGUGUUUUGUGUGUAUCUGUGGCACUGGCCUGCGAUGUUCUUUGUACAUAUUGUAAAGAAACCAUUGAAGCAGUUUUCUUUUUCAUUGGGUAGGCAUGGUCCAUAUUCCUACCUUUUCCACUUCAUUUUAUAACAGAGGAGGUAUUUCUGUAUUUGCAAGACAGCUUUACAUUAUGCAGAAGGGAACAGCUCGCUUGCUCGCACUCUCUCUCUCUCUUCCCUUCCCCCCUUGAAAAGUCAGCUCUUUGAUCCCUCUACCCAAGUGCCCCUUAAAGACCAGGCACUGCCCUGAAAUGAGAUUAGCAGUAGAAAGAUGGCACUGUCUGAUCCUCCUGGUCUCUAGUCUGAGUCCAGUUUUCUCCCUGUGGAGAUCUGACUAUUGAUGAGAGAUUGGGUGUCCACCUCACACUCCACAGGGGGAAGGAACUACCUGUGACACCUAGUCAGAGAGACAAGAUCUCGUCCAUGCUGCCAAGCCUCUCACUGAGCCACCCCUGCCUGUGUUCUUGGUAUUAAAUAAUCUCUGAUACUCAUGUGGAUAAGCUACGAGAAGUAGGGGCCUCACCCCAAAGAGGGCAGCCAUAGUUGGACCGGUGCUGUCUAGGAUUCAUGUCUGCUUCCUCCUCAUUUAUGGUGUGCCAGUUCCCUUCAGCUCUUCCCUGUAGUGUACAUGUGGUCUCCGCUUAGCCUACUCUCUCCACAUGCCUCAAGGUCAAAGAAACACAUGCAGAAGGGUAAGAGGGUACCCUCUGAAAUGAUCAUUUUAUGCAUCUCCAGGCUCCAAGAUGGGGGGAGGGCUUAGUUUAAGGGAGCUAGGAGUUAAAACUGCAGAAGGGCUAGAGAAUUGGAUAUAGGUUUGAGGCCUCCUCGUCACUUACUACCACAUAUACACUAUCACUAUCCCAUUGUGUACUGAUGCUCCCCCACCCAAGAUUCAGCUGGGCAGCUAGCUGGCCCCUAAUUCUGGGCCUUUGUCAUUUAUUACUAGGGCAUCCUAGGAAACUUUGCAGUGAUUCCCUACCAUGGCCCUCCCAGGCCUUGUCCUCAGCCCCUCCUGCCCCAGCCCACCUGCUUGCCUUGGUGCUCAGCCCUCCCACUGGGAGCAGGUUGGGGCAAGCUGGAGGCCCGGGCUGGAGGGGCAGUGUUGCUGUUCAUAGCUUUUGUUCCAUUGGCGUUGCUCUGUUGGAUUUAAUUUCAGUCUUCCUGAUUCCUCCCUUCUGUAAAGUGUACAUUACCAAGUUCCUUGUUUUUUAUAUAUAUAUAUAAAUAUAUAUAUAUAUACAAACUGUACUCUUUUUGCCUUUGUACAUUCAGGCAAGAAGAGAAAAUAAAUCUUUUUAAGAGACAAUCACAAAUCUGUGAGGGCUGCUGGUUAUUUCUCCUGGAGUUUGCUGCUGAGCUGCUGCCUCCUCCCCUAGCUGUCCUGUUCCCUCAGCUUCCCUCUCUCUAGCCCUGCUCCAUGUGCACCCUCAGCUUUACCUUCCCUGGCUGACAGCAAGCUGUUGAGUCCAGUGUGCAGACUACCUUUCCCUGCCCAGCAUUUUUUUCUGCCUUGGCCACUGGCUGAUCCUGUAUGCUGGCCUCUUCUUUUUACCCUUGGAUCCCAUUCACCAAAGUGGCUUUGGACCCUUGGGUACUCUGGGACCUGCCUCUCAGAGACCCUGGCUUUGGACAUUCAUUCAUCUAUGAAACUAUGCAGCUGGGAACUCUCUGCCUGAGAUUUUGCACUACUUAAACCUGCCUGGGAGUUAGAAUGGAAGGUUUUUAGGAACAAAUGGGAAAAUCACCCCCAGCACUCCACCCCACAAACCCCCCACCCAUCCUAGCCUCUGAAGUCUGCUGGUCCGUGAAUUACUCCUGGACUCCUGUGCUUUACCCUAUGAGAUCAAGGGCUAAGGAUUUAUUGAUAAGAGCUUUUGAUGAGACUCUCAGAGUGGUAUCUUCUGAAACAGCCCAGCCAAAACAUGUUCAGCCUUUCUCUUUUCCUUACCUUUCUCCUUUCCCCUUUUGUCUCUACUUCCUUUUCUUAAUUGGCUUUGGAAUUGAAGUAUAUUUUUAAAUUAUUUGUUGUAUUUAUUGAAUAAAGUUUUUAAUGUCCCUGUUCUUACAUUUAGACUAAAGUUUGCCUUUCACAUAUCUCCCCCUCUCCUAUGCUCCUCUUCACCACCCCCAAAUUUUCUACCUUCUAAGUUGCUUUUACAAAUGAAGUGCAGCGGCCUGCUUCCUAUGAUUAAUGUACUGUAUUGGUGGUCUUCAACAGCCCAGUUUUGUAUAUGUGUGACAGGGAGCUCUCUGGGUAGGCAUAUAGUUUCCAGGUCAGCACAUUUACUUGGCUAUAAACAGGAAAACAACAUACAGCAGCAGAAUGCUUUGCAAGGUUGAUCUGAAAAGU